AUGGGAGUUUGCUAGUCUCGUUCAGAUAGAAGGAAAUCUCUCAAAUAAAAACAACUCCAAAUAGAGAGUGAACAAACAAUCUAAGAGAAAGUGAAGGUUAAAGAAAAUGUUGUUCCUCGCCAUAAAACUAUGCCUUCAAUACAUUGCUACUCAUCAAAAGAAAAGUUGGUAACGUGCAAAAGCGUGAUUGUUUCCAAAAUAAAAAAGAGAGUUUAUGGAGAAGCAUUGGCCAAGUUUUACGCAGUUCUCAAUCCCUAAUUUGUUUAUAAAAAUAAUGACAAUAUGGGACUAGUCCAGCACAAUAUUACUGGUGUGGUAAGAGUGGCAAGAAACAUCUCGAAACCCACUGAAGCUAACCAAGAUUUUGACCACCUAAUUACUAAUCUCCAAGAAUAGAGCUAUUGUUCUCUUCAUUUUGCCAACAUCAUUGAAUUAUACCAAGAUUCCAAAAGUUAUUACGCAAUAUAAGAGUAUUGCAGUGGAGGCUUGCUGAGUGAUAAAUGUGGCUUGAUCAAGGAAGAGGAGGCAAUCUACAUAAUAUCUUAAAUUUUGGAUAUUUUGGAGGAAAUUCACAAACAAGAUAAUUGUCAUGGUAGUCUUUCUAUAUCAAGUUUUGCGUUGCAUGAUUAAACAAACAAUCAUUACGUGAAACUGAUUGAUGUCAUCCCAGUAUUUUAAGCCAAGGAGAAGUCGAAGAUUAGUGAAAUGCAAAAGGAUGAUCGCUAAGCGGUUGCCCUAAUCUUAUUUCAAUUGAUAACCAACAAACCAAUCACUUCGUAAACAGUCGAAAUGAUUAUCAAGAGACCAAAAGAUCUACCAACAAGGACUGAAUGGUAUCAAUUGGUUGUACUCUUGUUGGAAUCAAGGAGCUCCAUAAUUUAUGAAUCAGUCUUGUAGAAUAAACAAUAUAGAGAAAUAGUACAAAAGUAGGAAGCCAGAUACACAGAAACCAUAAUCAACAAAUCUGUCAAAAGAACCUCAUAUAUUCAACAAUAAAUUCUAAUUCUAAUGAAUUCCAUUUUUUUCAAAGAACGCCAAUUGUAAUUGGAGAAGAUUUUUAAAAAGAAUGACGAAAAUAAAAAUGGCACCCUUUCAAAAGAAGAACUUCAAAUUGCUUUAGGAAUUGAUGAGAUCAUAGAUGAUUUGUUUGAGAACAUCGAUUGUGAUGGAAAUGGAGAAAUCGAUCUUGAUGAGUUUAUUCUUCAUUCUUGCGAUAGAAAAGCAUUAAUAACUGAUUUAAAUUUAGAAGCCGCUUUCAAAGAGUUAUCAAGGAAAGAGCACAUAGUACCUUCGAAUUUCAGUAGGUUGAAAAAUUGCGAUGAGGAGAAGAUCGAAAAUAACAUGAUAGAAUUCUGUAAUAGCAAAAGAAUGAGUUUGGAAUAGUUCAAAAAACUGAUGAUGGAUUUAUUAUGA